AUCAAUCGCUACUUUAAUAACAGAAUAAUGCUAAUGUAAAAGACCACCGAUUGACAAGUUUGACAUAUACUCACUUUUCAGGUUAUGUUAUGGCGAAUGUGUGAUUACAAAUAGAUAAUUAAAUGUCCCAAUUAAAGCGAGUACAGCAAUGGGCGACAUUCGCUCGCGUAUGGCACAUAUACGAUGCAGCUUGGCAGAAUCCCUUCCAAUCCGCCGAAUUACUCAAGAAAUAUUUAAUGGGGAUGCACAAGCCCAUAUACCAUCCGAUGAACGACUGCGGUGAUCACGUUAUAGUAAUCAAUACGGCCGAUGUAGCUCUACCGGGCGACGAAUGGAAGAAACGCGUGUAUUUCCACCACACCGGUUACCCCGGAGGAGCCUCCUGGACUUUAGCAUGGGAACUACACAAGAAGAAUCCUACGAUGGUUAUGAAGAAAGCCGUGUACAAUAGCAUGGACCGGAGUUUACAAAGGAGGUACACGAUGGAACGGUUGCACUUGUACCCCGAUGCAAAUGUACCGUUGAAUCUUCUCGAGAACGUUUCGAAUCAAAUCAAACAAUUGCGCCCGAAGCCGAAGAGGCUCGACGAGUACAAAGAGGAGGAAGUACGGGAGUUCCCGAAGCUCAUCGAUUUGCCCAAAAGUUACAUUGUAGAAUAAUCAUUUCGUAGAUGUAGAUAAACGUUUUAUUACUACACAAUUUAAUCGAAUUUACCACACUUUCGAUACAUCUUUGUAAUCCCCAUCGGGGCUUUUGUAGUUCUCAAUAGGAGGCGUUUCUACGGGACCUUCGACCUUGUAAGGCAUCAGCAACAGAUCGGGCUGGAAACGAACUCGUAAAUAAACGAUUUUCUUUGAAUUAUAGUAGUUUACUUGUAUAGCUUCUUGGUAUAAUUCCUCGGAUUCUUUUCGCAGCUCGUCUAAAGCCCGUUGUUGCGAAUAUUGUAUCCGAUCCAACAUUUGAACGUCUAUUAAGCGUUGCUCUCGUUUGUAGUUGGCCCAUCGUUUCUCCAACAAGGCCCUUUUGUCUAGAAUUUCGCUCGAUAGAGCCGGUAAACUUCUUUUUCUUUCGCUACAAAUAUGAUUCAAUAAGCAUAAAAUUUAUUGACUUAGUUUCAGUUUACUUGAGGGUAUCCAAAAGAUCGAAAGGUAUUUCGCAUUCGCCUAUGGGUUUCAAUUUGCGGGCGUGCUUCUCUAAUUUCCUGAUGGCUUUCUCGAGUUUCUUCUUCUUCCUUUCCUCUCGGGCUCGUACGAUUGCGGGGUCCAUUCGUUUCUUCUUUUUCAACGGUUCGCCGC